AUGACCUUAUGGGACUCCAAGUAUCACAGCUGUUCAGACCGCGGAAAAUGCCCGACGCAGCUGGGAAUUCUCGCGGGCGAUCGGCAGCAGAGCGAGUGGGGAUACAAUAUCCCGUUUGAUCGGAAACACGUUAUGCGGUGGUUCAAGUUGAUGCUGCUCAACCCGGAAGAUCUUCCCAGGGACGCCGCCGAGUCCAAGUACAUGAAGGAGGCUGCGUCAUGCCUGGAAAAGCGAGGCAAGUCUGCGGAAGACGCCGUCGCUGACUUUCUACGCCUGCUAUGGCAGCAUUGCCUGAACGCAAUGUAUCGCGACCGUGGCCGCGAGGAGAUUGACCAGUACAAGACCACUAUUGUCAUUACUGUGCCUGCUAUCUGGCCCAACUACGCCCAGGCCAAGAUGACAAGGGCUGCUGAGCGUGCUGGUAUGCUCAGUGAAAGAGGCCGAGGCAUGGCGAGGGGAAAGCCGGACUUGCGCUUCGUGUCGGAGCCGGAGGCUGCUGCUUUGGCAGUCUUGGCCGACUUUCAUCCCAAGCCUAAUAUCAAGGAUGACACGAUUGUUGUCUGCGACGCCGGUGGAGGAACCACCGACCUUAUCAGUUACCAAGUGAGCAAGCCGAUCAAGUUUGAGCUUCGAGAGACUGUUUCGGGCGAAGGAGAACUGGUGAGUGGUGUAAUGGUUGAUGACGAGUUUGAAGAGUUCAUCAGUUCCACAAUCGGGCACACGGCGUGGAACAAGCUGGAUGUCGGCGACAUAGCCAAGUUUAUGAAAGAAGACUGGGAGCUCUGCGUCAAGGAACAAUUUACCGGUGCCGAAAGCAAGUUCUGGAUCGAGGUGCCCGAUGGCUACCUGGUUUCCAGUACCAACAAGAAGAGAAAACGGACGACGACAACUGUUCCCAUCACAAGAAAGGAUCUCCUACCCGUGUUUGACGGCGUGGUUGACAAGAUCUGCGCACUCGUGCAGCGCCAAGUGGAUGGCAUCAAGAAGAAGGACUUACCUGAUCCGAAGUUCAUUAUUCUUGUCGGGGGAUUUGGGUGCUGCCGAUAUCUGUUCAACAGACUGGACGCAGCCCAUCCUGACUGCACAGUCUUGAACCCGCCCGUGCGCGACUCGUGGACCGCAGUAUGUCGCGGCGCCGUCCGGUGCGGGCUGAAUCGUCUGGGAACCAAGCGGAGCCACGAAGUUACCGUCGAGGAGCGCAUCUCUCGCGUAGGCUACGGAUUUCACUUUCGCAUUCCGUUCAACGAAAAAUAUCAUGACCCUCGCGACAAGAUCUACGAAGAAUUCGAGGAGCAGUACAUGGCCGACAGCCAGAUGGACUGGUUCUUGAAGCCGGGACAAGUGCUUCCAAGCAAAUCAGCAUCGAACCAUAGGUACUACGAACUGCUCUCGGCUGACAACCCAGCCAGCCUCGAGGAGGACCUAUUCUACUGCUGCUCCGACGAGCUGCCCAUGCGUCGGACAGACGACGUCAAGCAGCUUUGCACCAUCAAAUGGGAGAACUCUGUCGAUCUACGCGGUUUGGAGAAGCUACACAACAGCAAGGGCGAGACCUUCUAUAAAGUUCACUACACGAUUCGGGUCACCAUCGAGGGACCAAACCUGCACAUUGACGUGCUCCGCGGUUCCCAGAAAAUGGCCGAGAGGAAUGUUUUUAUCGACUACAAGUGA